GGCACGGCGCUCGCGCUCCAGUCUCUGCCUGUCUUUGUCUCACACACUCUUUUGUUAGCCAUGCCUAGCCUGCUGGUUCUAGCAGGGAUCAUGGAGAAAAACGGGGGCUACGGCGGGGAUCUGGCCGCCUCCGGCCCCGGCCCCGGCCCCGGCUCCGGCUUCGGCAGCGACGGUCUGCUGGUGCCGCCCGACGAGGAGGAGGACGACUCGCGCGCCCUCAGGGUCGCGCUGGGCCAGCUGUCUCUGCUGGGGCUGGGGGAAGGCGAGGACGGCGGCGGCGGCGGCGGAGCCCCGACUCCGGGGGGGGUGCAGGACCGGAGCAACAACAACAACAACCACCACAACCACACCGGCGGCGGGGGCGGCGGCGGCGGCGGCGGCGGGGGGGACGCGGCCAUCCUGCAGGGGAAGAGCAAGUUGUGCGCCCUGUACGAGAGCUCCGGGGAGGGCAAGGCGCGCGGCUGCAACAUCACGGAAUGCGUCCCGGUGCCGAGCUCCGAGCAUGUGGCCGAGAUAGUGGGGAGGCAAGGCUGUAAGAUCAAGGCGCUGCGGGCGAAGACCAACACCUACAUCAAGACGCCGGUGCGGGGCGAGGAGCCGGUCUUCCUGAUCACCGGCCGCAAGGAGGACGUGGCGUUGGCCCGGCGCGAGAUCAUCUCCGCCGCCGAGCACUUCUCCAUGCUGCGGGCGUCCCGCAACAAGCUGGGCGUGUCCUUCAGCGGCUCGCCGCCGGCGCCGCUGCCCGGCCAGACCACCAUCCAGGUGAGGGUGCCGUACCGCGUGGUGGGCCUGGUGGUGGGCCCCAAGGGCUCCACCAUCAAGAGGAUCCAGCAGCAGACCUGCACCUACAUCGUCACGCCCAGCCGCGACCGCGACCCCGUGUUCGAGAUCACCGGCUCGCCGGGCAACGCCGAGCGCGCCCGCGAGGAGAUCGAGGCGCACAUCGCCUUCCGGACGGGCGGCCUGCACGACCACAACAACGAGAACGACUGCCUGGGGCCCAACGGCGGAGGCGGCGGCGGGGGCAGCCCGGCGGGCGGCGGCGGCGGCGGCGGCGGCCUGGAGAGCCGGCUGCAGCAGGUGUGGGGGCUGCAGGCCGGCCAGAGGAAGCCGCUCACCAGCAGCUACCGCCAGAACUUCUCAGACGCCAUGGUGGGCGGCGGCGGCGACGGAGGGGGCGUCUACAGCAAGGGCGGCUUCUCCGGCUCCGGCUCCGGCUCCGGGGACAAGCCCUGCUCCUACUUCGGCUCGGACGGCGGCCAGAGCUGGGGCGACCCCGACUUCCCCAAGCAGGCGGCGUUCUACGCCCAGCAGCGCUCCAAGAGCUUCGGCGGUCUGCCGCUGCCGCUGACCCGACUGUCGCCCGGCCUGCCGGAGCCCUGCGGCGGCGGCGGCGGCGUCUCGCCGCAUGCCCAGGCCCGCCGCGCCCACAGCGAGCCCGCCCCGGCCGGCGACGGCUUCCCGGGCCGCCUGGCGGCGCCCGACUCGCCGCCGGCCGCCGGCCGGGACUGCAUGACCUGCUUCGAGAGCAAGGUGACGGCGGCGCUGGUGCCCUGCGGACACAACCUCUUCUGCAUGGAGUGCGCCAUCCGGAUCUGCGAGCUCAGCCACCCCGAGUGCCCGGCGUGCCACACCCAGGUCACCCAGGCCAUCCGGAUAUUCUCCUAGAGAACCCGCCGCUCCGGCCACGCCCCCCGGCGUGGCCCCGCCCCCUCUCCGCCCCCUCACUCCAUCAUUAUCAAUGAGACACGUUUGGUUUUUCAGAAAAAUUUACAAAAAACCAACAAGCAGAUAUUUUAGAGAGCACUGCUUGUUUUACUAAAAAGUAUGAGAAAUAUUUUUAAGUUGUUCUUUUAUAAAUAUAUGAGCAUAUAUAUUUUCAAAAAGUUUUCUUUAUAAGAGGAGUC